AUCAAGACUUUAAAAGCUUAAUAAAUGCGGAGGCGAGCGGUUUGAUAUAAAUACAUAUUUAUAUAUGUAUGGAUAAAAAUUUGCUGCGUACCUGCACACAUAGAUGAAUGCUAAAGAAGGAUAGUUCGUAAAAGUGGCUAAAUUCUUCUCGCCCCUGCCAGUUCGAAGUGUAGACGAAUAACGUACCCACUGCCCCAUCAUAGCAACCAAUCUCGUUCCACAAUGUCCCAAGCAUCCACCAAAGAACUGCGCUUGCCCAAGCCAGCCGACGUUGAGGGCAGCGUGCAUCACACUUCGGCCCAUGAUGACUAUACCUCAGCGCAGGCGCAACUAAAUCAAAUCUACGCUGGCGCAAUCUCAGGCGCUUUAACACGCUCCUUAACGCAACCGUUCGAUGUGUUGAAAAUACGUUUUCAGCUGCAAGUCGAGCCGCUCUCAAAACACACGAAAAGCAAAUACACCUCGCUGUGGCAAGCCAGCAAAUUAAUCUAUCACGAGGAGGGCUUGCGUGGACUCUUCAAAGGACACAAUGCCGGCCAAUUCAUGAGCGUCGUCUACAGUGCCGGUCAAUUCUGGUCCUAUGAACAAAUACGCGCUAUUAUGCGCGACACGCCCUUCAUGUCGACGCACCACAACGUCAUGAACUUCAUCGCUGGCGGUGUUGCCGGCUGUGUGGCGACCAUUUUCUCCAUUCCCUUUGAUGUGAUACGCACACGCUUAGUGGCACAGGAUCCGGGGCAGGGCUAUCGCAAUAUGCUGCACGCCAUACCGAUUAUUUGGCGCACCGAGGGCGUACGAGGCUACUUUCGCGGCCUGCAUCCGACGCUGGUGCAGAUUGUACCACUUGUGGGCUUCAAUUUUAUGUUCUACAAAAAAUUCAAUGAAAUGAUGGUGCACACACGCUUGGCCAAGGACGAUUUGCUGCCCACCUGGGUAUUGUUGUGCACCGGUGGUGCAGCUGGAGUGGCGUCCAAGGCGGUCGUCUAUCCGUUGGACUUCAUCAAGAAGCGAUUACAAGUGCAAGGAUUCGAACACCAUCGCACCAAAUUUGGGCGGACGCAACGUUGUCAUGGUGCUUUCCAUUGCAUACAGCUGACUAUGAAAGAGGAGGGCGCCAUGGGUUUCUACAAGGGCAUGUAUCCGACGCUGAUCAAAUCCGGUUUGAUGACUGCCUUCUACUUUACCAUCUAUGAUAGAUGCAAAUUGCUACUUUACCGGUACUAUAAUCUGGGCGGCGAAGGACGUACACCGUCCUCAAAGACAUAAAGACAUAGAGCAUAAAGCGGUGGUGAAGUGUAGAAGUAGAAGGAGUGGAUGAUCGAUGAGCUUUUGUUAUUUAUCAAUUGGAUCGGCUUGACUGAGGUGUAUGUAAAUUUGGGGCUGCAGUGUAACGCUGCAGAUGAAGAGUAUACACCUUUACUUACUUAUCCAUACCUCAUUAUUAUAUACUCUAAGAGCAUAGAAUAUAGAUUGGUUUAACGUUUAAGAGGCAAAAAAACCCAAAAGAAACUGCUAAUUGUAUAAAAUUGAUUAACAUUUAAGCGAUAAAGAUUGUGACUACCACAAAAGAUAUUGUGUUAAAAAUACGCACACAAACAUACAUAUUUAAUUUUAAAAGAAAGAAGACAAAAAUUGCUAAGCAGGGCUCACGAUUUGCACAUUCGUACCUUUUGGCAGUCACGGAAUUGGUGUUGUCUCGAAAGUUUUAUCGAGUAUGAUUUCAGUUCAAUAAAAAAAAAAAAAUCCAAACAACCCCACUCUGUAACUGCUGAAAUGUACAAAUUGUGUGAUCCCUGCUUUACUUUGAGCGAUUCUCAAUUAUGUAAAAGUGCAGUAUACCGCCAGUUUAUUAGACACAUGGUGUUGCUAAAUUAAAUGAUUAAGAGUGUUCGUCGCUUUCUACGGAUUAUCACGAUUUUGUCAAAUCGCGUUCGUGCAGACCAAAAAGGCGAGAAGUGAGGAGAAGCGGCAAAUUCUUUGCUGGAAAUUUUUUCGCUGGCAAGAAUUGCAAGCAGGAAAUAAUUUGAUUACACAUAAAAUUGAGCGAUUUACUAAUGAAAAAGGUAAAAAAAAAAUAUGUGUUUACUUAGCGAAUUUAAGUAAUUUCUAUGCUUUGAAAGGUAUUUGGCUGAAAAAGCUAUAUUCGCAAUUGCAACCAUAGUACAUAUAGUAGACCCGAUAGUCGCUACGACAAAAAAAAAAUUGUAAUGUAUUUCGACGAAAGCUCGAAUAAGAGCAAAUAUGUGGCAUUUUGAAAAAAAAAAACACACACACUUGAGUCAAUUUAGAAUGUUCGACUUUUGAUUUAAAAAUAAUAAGUUUUCCUUAAAAUUUUUUUAUUUUUAUUUUUAUUACGUUUCUAUAAAAAGGCCACUUUUGAAACCACGCCUCUGGAUAGCUAAUCGUUAAAAAAUUACUUGGAAACCUAACAAAAUAUUGCUUUCAAAAUAAAAUGGCCUAACUCGAGAUAAGUGCUUUUAUAAAAACGCCACAUAAAUAACAAUUAAUGCACUUGCUGCAUUUUUCGAUGCACAUAACUGUUAUCUCCAUAAAAACUAUGUCGACAAUCUGCAGUUUACGGGCCAGUGCUGAGGUAACUUAUAGACUAAUAGCCUUGCUCAUAAAAACUAAAAAAGGUUUAUAAAUUGAAAACAUCAAUUUAUAAAGCUUUUCGUAUCUACUUUUUUUUAUGAAUAAGGCCAUAAAAGUAUUGAAGUAUGAAUUUGUAGGAAAUCACUUACAGCAAUGGAGAUCGCUAUUGAUUUUACUUGCAUAGUUUGACGAAAUGAAACAAAUGAAUUUGAAGUCUAAACUAUUUUUGCAAGGCUAUUUCGAUUGGUUAUUUUUUAUUUUUAUUUUUUAUUUUUUGCCGAACUUAGCCGUCGCCUUUUCGGUCACAUCUAUGUAUUCUACUCGAAUAAUAAAAAUGUUAGCUUAUUAAUAUAUGAAUACUUCUUUAGACAAAGUCUAAUGAUUUUUGUAAGCUUAAAUUUACUGACAUUAGGGAGGUACGUUACUGUGACAAGAACUGAGUAGUAAAACAGGUUCCUUGCGAUCAAUAAAAGUUGUCUCUUUGAUAUACCGUACUUUAAGAUCCGACUGUAAAUCAUACAUCUAACGAAAAAUAACAAAAGGUUACCCCACGCUCUGCAAAACAAAAAUAAUCGAAAAUGGCUUUGGAUCGAAAUACUUCCUUGGCAAAAGUUUAAUGAUCUUUGGCGACCUUUAAUUUACUGAUCAGCAGGCAAUGGCAAACAUCCGAUUGUAUACCGCUUCUCAUAAAAAUACAAUCAUCGUUCGGAGCCGGCGUAAAACUGUAGGUCACUCACUCCCCCUUUGCUUGACAACAUCAGCCCGCACGCCAUAAAUCGGAGCAGAAGCUCGGCCAAAACCUCACAUACUUUGUAAAGGCAAAUUUUUUGUUAUAGGGUGGUACGUUAGGGUUCGAACAAAAAAAAAAAGUAAAUUUUUUUUCGAAAUGGCAUUUCAAAUAUACUUUAGACUCAGGGGUGUACGACGAACUCUUUUUACUCGGUACGAUCUAGUGUACACACAUACAGACAUAUUUGACUUAAAAUUAAAUUAAGUAUUUUGUAAAUUUCCAAUAUUUAAAAUUUUUGGUAAAGUUUGGCUCAAAUUAAAUACCUACUAUUUUUUCAAAAUUACGCUCUCCGGUAUUGCCUUAAUAAAUAAUUCUCCACCAGUAUACAUAAAUAUUUGCGUACAGUUUCGGCAAAAAAAAUACGGAUGUGACAUUUUAAAAAGUUUUAGCUUUUUUUUCUUUUCUUUAUUAUUUUUUUAUGAAAAUAUAGCUCACUCUCUAACAAAAUCCUUGCAACGCCAAAUAUCAAACUUUGUAGUAAAACUAGAAAUUAUACUCUGAAUAUGUAAAACAUUUUGGUAUGCAGUUUAGUUGCCCAUUAAAUUGUAGUAUAAUAAAGUUCAAGUUUGAAUUAGGUAGUGGUAAACAAAAUAUGUUCGACAAUAUUUUCGUAUGGAGGAAAAA